ACCCUCCCGGCUCAAUGAAGCCUUCUCUUCCCGCAGGUUGGGAGCCCGGCGGCUGCGGUCAGAGAACUGGACUGGCCAGCGGCCUCAGGAUGACUGGGCGGCCCGGGUGGCCGCUCCAGGGCGGCGGGAAACCUUCCAGCCCCCAACCCCUCUCCACAGCCCGGAUUAGGCGGAGUGUAAAUAGUCCAGUCCAACUCGGGCUGGCUUAAAGGUAGGGCCUGCUAAGGAAACUGAAGUCCCGAGGGCCCACUUGGCCACUGUGGUGCCGCGAGUGAUGUCACGGCCUUUACUCCGAUGUCACGUUAAGCACGUGACGUCACUCGUAGCUCCCCCGCUCAGGACCAUCUGGCUGAAAUCGCAAAGUUUCUCUGGGUGGAGCGGCUGCGCGCCCCCCAGCAGAAGAGUGCCGGUCGGCUUGUGCCGGGAACCAGGCGCUUGGUCGCGUCUCUUCCUCCCCCACCGCGGCCGCCGGGGCAGAGGAGGGGCUGGCCGCCUCGGGCAGGGCCGUCCCGCCCCGGCCCCGCCUUCCGCCCUCGGGGCCAGGAAGCGCGGAAGGGCCCUCGAGGGGCCAUGGACGAGGCUGUGAUGGAAGGGCCGCUCUUUUUACAAAGUCAGCGUUUCGGGACCAAGAGAUGGAGGAAGACUUGGGCUGUGCUCUACCCGGCCAGUCCGCACGGCGUAGCCCGGCUGGAGUUCUUUGACCACAAGGGGUCGAGCUCCGGAGGCGGCCGAGGAGGCUCGCGCCGCCUGGACUGCAAAGUGAUCCGUCUCGCUGAGUGUGUGAGCGUGGCCCCUGUGGCGGUGGAGAGCCCUCCGGAGCCCGGCGCCGCUGCUUUCCGCCUGGACACUGCGCAGCGGUCACACCUGCUAGCGGCGGACGCUGCGUCCAGCGUUGCCUGGGUGCAGACGCUGUGCAGAACCGCCUUUCCGAACGGCAGCUGGGCCUCGGUGCAGGUGGAGAAUGCGCCUAAACUUUCUGCCCUGGAGAUGCUGGAGAACUCACUGUACAGCCCCACCUGGGAAGGAUCCCAGUUCUGGGUAAUAGUGCAGAGGACUGAGGCUGCCGAGCGCUGCGGACUGCAUGGCUCCUACAUGCUGAGGGUAGAAGCAGAGAAGCUGACUCUCCUGACGAUGGGGACUCAGAGUCAGGUCCUGGAGCCGCUCAUUUCCUGGCCCUACACUCUGUUGCGACGAUAUGGCAGGGACAAGGUCAUGUUUUCUUUUGAGGCUGGUCGCCGCUGCUCCUCUGGCCCUGGAACCUUCACUUUCCAGACGACACAGGGCAAUGCCAUCUUUCAGGCAGUUGAGACUGCCAUCCAGCAGCAAAAGGCUCAAGGAAAGGUCAGACAGGGACAUGAUAUCUUCAGAACCGACUCCCAUGAAGGGGAGGUGGCUGAGGGGAAGUUGGCCUCUCCUCCUGGUCCCCAAGAGCUCCUGGACAGUUCCCCAGCUUUGUAUGCUGAGCCCUUAGACUCCCUGCGCAUUCCUCCAGGCCCUUCCCAGGAUUCCCUAUACUCAGACCCCCUGGACAGCACCUCUGUUCAGGCAGGGGAGAGGGUACAUUUCAAGAAACCUCUCUAUUGGGACUUGUAUGAGCAUGCACAGCAGCAGUUGCUGAAGGCCAAGCUGACUGACCCCAGGGAGGACCCCAUCUACGAUGAACCUGAGGGCCUGGCACCAGCUCCUCCCAGGGGCCUUUAUGAUCUGCCUCAGGAACCCAAGGAUGCGUGGUGGUCCCAGGCUCGGGUGAAGGAGGAGGGUUAUGAGCUCCCCUACAAUCCUGCCACUGAUGACUAUGCUGUGCCACCUCCUCGAGGCACUAAGCCCCACCCUGUUCCCAAGCCCCAGGGCCUAGCUUUCCUUGAACCUGAUACUGCAAGUGGUAAUGGCAGCAAAGGCCACAGUUCAGAUACUGCUCUGUACAGCCAGGUCCAGAAAAGUGGGGUCUCCAGAGUAGUGACUGAUAGGACUGGAGUCAAGUCAGAAGGCUCCACCUGAGAUAGUAUCUAAUAGAAGGUUUAUGGGGUGGCACUGGGGAUAACAGAAACCUGUUAGAGCCAGUAGGAACGAGAGGGCGGGAGAGGCCCAUGUGAGGCCAGGGGAUUCUAAGGGUCAAGGGAAGGAUAUUCAGUCAUAGGAAGUUAUAGGAAUUAGAGAACGUCUGGCAGAGCUGAGGGAUGUGCUCUGGGGAGUGUCAGCACUCCUAAGCUAUCCCUCCCCCAAGAGACUGGAAAGCUGACAGACCAGACCUAUGAGAAAAGGGAACUUGGGUCAGAGGGUACAGUUUUUUGGGGGGAGGGCUGGAUGGCUUUUUUCUGGAUCUUUAUUCCUAAAUUGUUACUGUCAUAUAUACAUAUAUAUAAAUACUUAAAUUAUAAAAGUUUUCAUUAAAAUCAGCUUGCAUUUAAGAA